AUGUCAUCGUCUGCUAUGGAAAAGCACCUAUUUAAUUUAAAAUUUGCUGUAAAAGAACUAGAGCGAAAUUCAAAGAAAUGCGAAAAAGAAGAAAAGUUAGAAAAAGACAAGGCAAAGAAAGCCAUACAAAAGGGUAAUAUGGAAGUGGCUAGAAUACAUGCUGAGAAUGCUAUAAGGCAAAAGAAUCAAGCUAUUAAUUAUCUUAGAAUGUCUGCAAGAGUUGAUGCUGUGUCUAGUAGAGUGCAGACCGCUCUUACUACAAGGAAGGUGACAAAUUCAAUGGCUGGUGUUGUUAAAGCGAUGGAUGCUGCUAUGAAAUCAAUGAAUCUUGAGAAGAUAUCGACUUUGAUGGACAAGUUUGAGAGUCAAUUUGAAGAUCUGGAUGUUCAGUCAUCGUAUAUGGAGAAUGCUAUGUCACAAACGACCACCACAACGGUACCUCAGGGCGACGUUGAAAAAUUGUUACAGCAAGUUGCCGACGAGGCUGGUUUGGAGUUGAACAUGGAACUGCCGUCCGGAGUCCCCAGCACGUCUAUCGGUACAGCCACAGUAGUUUCUCAAGAACAAGAUGAACUGACUCAAAGACUGGCCCGACUUAGACAAGCAGAAUAA